AUGGAGCAGCUCAGAGAGUAUCGGAACACCUCUGAUGAUAACCAUCUGCUUUCAGAAGCUGCUAGUGCCUCACAACGGAGUGAGCAUCUGGACAAAGAACCAAGCAGAAAUGCCUCAAAACCACCUGUAGCCAAAGUUAAAUGUGGACUGGACUUAAACCAACAUGAACUUAGUGCUAUACAAGAAGUGGAAUCACCAGCAAGUGGCAGACCUUCUACACCAGGUAAACCAAAUUUUCUUCAAGACAGAGACCCCAUGAGGGUCUCAAUAAGCCGAGAACAAAGUUUCCUUGGGAGUCCACUUGCUCAUGACCCAUUUGGUUGUCAACAACUACCUGUUCAGAAGGGCAUCAAAAGUGAUGACUCUGAUGAAGCAGGUGAGAGUCAAGGUUCAGAAACCUGAUGUUGAGAAUCAUGCAGUGUUAAGUUAUGCUUUGGAGGAAGAAGAGUAUACAUGUCUGAGUCCAACUGUGAAGCCAUGUGAUAAGGUUAGUAAUGUCUUCAUGUAUGCUGAAUUCUUUCUCUAGUUUACCAAAAUAGUAAAAUCUGUGUUCUCUGAGAUCUGCUUUUAUUGAAGUGGAUCAAUGAUGAAAA